AUGGUGAGAGGAUCAAAAAAGUUCCAACUGAAGAAUGGAGAUUACAUUCACUGUGUUCUAUGGAACUACCAUUUUUACAUCACUGGCACGGAUAUUGUCAAGAUACUAGUUUGGAGGUUUCAAAAUUCAGGAAGACAGUUGGGAAAUAUGAAAAAGUUUGAAGAGGGCGUGUUUUCAGAUCUGAGAAAUUUGAAGCCAGGUAUUGAUGCAUCGUUGGAGAGGCCACGGUCAGAAUUUCUAGAGUUUCUGUACAAAAAUGGGUGCAUCAGGACACAAAAGAAGCAAAAAGUAUUCUAUUGGUAUUCUGUUCCACACGAUGCGCUCUUCUGUGAUGCACUGGAAAGGGAUAUGAGGAGAGACAAUACGAUCUACAACUAUAACGGAUAUCCAGCCGACAGAAGAGUACCAUAUCAAGACGCGAUGAUGAGCCAGAGCUAUGUGCCGUAUUCUAAGACGUCCCAGCAGCUGUUCAACAGUUCUUUUGAGCAACCAAGAAAAAUGGAAAAGAUCUGUGAGAUUAAAAAUGAUUUAUUUAAUAUUAAAAGUACUCUAUUUGGUGACACUAGGUCGUUGAAUGGAUCAAGUAGUAUUCCAAUUAAUUUUUCAGGCAACAGCACAUCUAAUUCCGUGGCCAAUCGGAACGUGGCUGAAGCACAGAAUAGCGAGCUUUCAUUUGAUAAACUUUUCUCGCUGAAUCCUGAGCCCAAAAUACCUCAACUUGAAGAUUACGAGGAUGAGUCCAAGAUGAGACUUAUAAGGUCUAAAAUAGGCGCAGAUUUGAGAAAGAAAUUUGACGACUUUGACCUUAACCAGCUUGGAUUCUUAAAAGAAAGAUGCCAGGAAUACUUUGGAUUUGGUAAAGAGGUCUGUGAAAAGAAAAAAAUCCCAGACAAUCUACAAGCUGAGGAGAGUGGAGUUGGUGCAUCUGCCAAAGUUAGGUUUGUGGGAAUGAACAAUUCUGAAAUAAAUGAAUAA